AUGAAAGUCUUAUACUGGAAUGUCAGGGGUAUUGCUAAUGCCCCUACGCAGAAUGCCUUAAAAGAUUUUAUUCGGGUUCACAAGCGGGAAAUACUGUGUAUAGCUGAGCCUUUUGUUGCUUUGAACUCUAUCCCAUCAUCAUUUUGGCGUGGUUUUGGUUUGGCAACAAUUUGUACUAACGAUCGCGGAGGUUCUAGGCCUAAUUUAUGGUUGUUUGGUAAGAUUUCUCUUGUUCCAAUGGUGCGUGUUCUCCUUGUGACAGAUCAGCAAGUCACUCUACAGGUCAUGCAUGAUUCAGUUAAUUGUAUUAUAACGGCAGUCUAUGCUCGCACUACUAUGGCUGAGCGUGGAAGACUAUGGACUGAUCUCGCUGAAGUUAAGGGCAGAUUUGUUUCAGGGCCAUGGUUAGUGUUUGGUGAUUUUAAUGCGGUGUUAGGAGCUCAUGAGAAAAAAGGUGGUGCUCCUGUUUGUCGUCGCUCUUGCGAGGAAUUUCAAGCUAUGUCUGAUAUUUGCGAACUAAUUCAUGUUGAUACUAAAGGUGCUGAGUUUACGUGGGCUCGGUGUUGUGGUCUACGGGGUAAUGUUGAACUUCGGUUGGAUCGAUGUCUUGCAAACUUAGAAUGCACAGUGAUUUUAAAUAUUUUGUUAAGCAAUGUUGGUCCUCUGUUUCCACUCAUGGUUGUCCUCCUUCGGUUCUGCAACAUAAGCUGCGUGUUCUACGUAAAGCACUCAAAGCAUGCAUGGAAUUGGGAGGUCUUUGGGGGCAUUCACCGGCGUGUGGACGCUGACCUAUCUGCUUUAACUAUCCUGCAAGAGCACAUUGCUCAUUCUGGUGGGUCAGAUGAGGAAUUUUCUAUAGAAAAUGAACUUCAAGCAAACUUAAUUGAGUCUCUUCGGUUGCAAGAGUUAUUUUGGAGAGAGAAGUCUCGGUUACGUUGGUUAUCUGAUGGUGAUCGUAAUACUACCUACUUUCAUGCCAUGUGUCGAGCACGCCAAUUGAGAUCUUCUAUUACUCUUCUUCGUGAGGGUGACCAGGUUUUUGAAGAUGCAUCUUCCAUUCAUAAUCAUGUACUUGACUACUACUCAAAUCUUUUUGCUAACCACGCAGAGCAUCAUGAUAAUGGUUUAGUUGAUCGGGUCAUUCCCUCUACGGUUACUGCUGAAGAAAAUGAUGCCCUCGCUCUUAUUCCAAUGGCGGAUGAAAUUUUGGCUGCCGUGAAAUCUAUGGAUGCGGAUAGUGCUCCGGGUCCUGAUGGUUUCACUGGUCAUUUUUUUUAUCUCUUGUUGGGAAAUAGUUGGUGA